AUGGAUUCAGACGCAGGGCAUAAUAGUGCGCCUAGUGAGGUGUUGCCCAGUGAGACCAAAGUACUGGCAAGCGCAGCCUCACUCACACAAGACUUCAAACCGGUCAAGAACAUAUGCGCCCAUCUCAACGCAUUCCACGCGUAUGCUGACGAUCCCAAACGAGCUGUGGAAGCAAACCACUAUUGCAGCCACAUAGAUGACGAGGUUCGUCAAUGUCUUAUAUACGAUUCACCGGAGCCCGAUGCACGGAUCAUAGGCGUAGAGUAUAUGAUCACACCGAGGCUAUAUGAAUCGUUACCGCAGGACGAACGGCGGCUAUGGCACUCCCACGUCUAUGAGGUCAAAUCUGGAAUGCUAAUCAUGCCGAAUCGAGUUGUUCCUCAAGCAGCUUGGGAACUAGCAGAGAAGAGAGAAAUGGAGCAAAUAAUUACGCUCUAUGGCAAAACAUACCACUUCUGGCAGAUCGACCGGGGCGAUAAGUUGCCGCUUGGAGAGCCAAAACUUAUGACUAGCUAUGUCGCUGAUGGACAACUGGAUUUUGCCAGAGUGGAAGACCGAGAUGAAAGGUUCCAGUCAGAUUACAAACUGAAGAGAGAGGCUAGGAAAGACAUACCUUCUCCCAGCAUUCUUAAAGGUAGGCACAACAGAUGCCGCAACUUGUUCUGA